AUGCAGGCUCACACACACACAACGGUCAAGAAGCCCAGCACAGAAGUAUACCACUCCAUCCUGGUCGCGUAUCUUCAGUCUGCUGGUGUCAGGCUGGAGCAAGUGGUGGUUGGCGUCAGCCUCAGACGAUAUGACCAUACCGUACAGUGUUGGACAACUGGUGCAAUCCCAUGCAACCUUACAUAUGUUCAACAUCUUCAAUUCCUCAAGUUUGAUUUAUUGCAUUUUUGCUUAUUGUUUUGUGCUGUAGUAUCAUACCGGUUUGGUUGGGAUAUGGACAAACAUUAUGUGGAAAGGGCCCUCAAGACAUAG